AUGUCAAUCACACACGUCAUUCAAUUUCAUUCAUUCAUGUGAUGCUGAAAAACGGUCUUGUUGUGUGACUGUAAAUCGUAAAACUUUACACGAUUUUGAGAUGGAAUUUAAAAGAUAACUCAAGAACUUUGAAUGAAAAAUGGUGUUUUGUAGCCUAAUGUCUAGAGACGUAUGCAAAUAUUCCGGUUCGUAGGUUCUAAUUUCUAUAAAAAUGGCUGUGUGUGGUCUUAGAACAGUGUUGUUGAUCGUUUGUGUUCUCGAGUUGAUUGUUACCAUUCAAAGACAAGUGUUUGAUUUUUUGGGUUACAUGUGGCUGCCCAUAAUUGCAAAUUUUGUUAACAUAAUCCUGAUAAUUUUUGGUUCUUUCGGAGCAGUACAAUAUGUCACGAACUAUUUGUUAGCUUAUGCAAUAUGGAGUUUCAUGUGGCUAACCUGGAAUGUUUUUUUAAUUUGCUAUUAUCUAAAUCUGGGUUCUCUGAACAGGGAAAGCGGUUUAUUAUCUUUGGGGACUGAUAGUGUCAGUUGGUGGGAAUGGAAUGGCUGGGGAUGUCAGCCAGUAUGGGGUGAAGCAGACAAACCUAGCACCUGGAGGCCAACGCGAGUAGACGGCUGUUUUGUUCAGUGGCACGACAUUGAACUUGCUCAAUCAGCUGUGGCGGCGGCAUUCACUGUCAUCGCUCUGCCCCUAGCCAUACUCGUAGCUGUUCAGUCCUACAAGAAGCGAAAACCUAUGUCUGAUAAAGGAACGCUGUCCCGUCGACCGGUGUAUACCAUAGAAUUGAGCCCCACUGAAACGACAGUAAGUGAAAGUUCUUUGAAGCCAAUGACGCCGCGUCGCGUGAAGAGGCGCUCGGGCUCGCGCGGAGCCGGCUCGUCGGUGCGUCGCUCCCGGCGCUCGUACAGAAACAAUGGGUACUUAGCUUCCACGGCUUCAUUGCCGCGAGAAUCUAAACCCUCUCGUCCGACGUCGGCGCACUCCUCAUAUUCGAAUUUCCACGCCGCCCGUCCGGCUUCCUACCACGCCACCGAGAGAGAAGCCAUAUCGAGGUCGCAGGACGUAUACGAUCCUCCGCCGCCCACGGAGUCCGUCCCCAUCAUAACGAACAGGUACGACACGAUUCGCCGCAUAAACAAGAACGCAGGAUACGACGUCGCCGGCCCGUACAACGAGCCCAGCAGGGGAUACGAUUCGUCCAGAAAUUACGAAGCGAACAACGUUUCGCCGUACGAAAAUACGAAUCGGGGCUACGAAACCGUGCCUAAUUAUGAUGGUAGGGUGGAAUCAGUGCCGCCUUGCGAAUCUCCGUAUGGGGCUGGAGGUUAUGGUGUUGUGAGCGGGUACGGAGGCGGCGAGGGCGGCUGGGAGGCGCCGCCGCCGCCCGCGCCGCCAUACAGCGCACGCGCCACGCCGCAGGCGCCCGGCCCGCCCGCCUACCAGCCGGCUAAUGACGGAUACAUGUCUUAGUAAAGAUACUUAACUCAAUGUGCCUUUUCCAGUGAUGUUACUUCAAUUUGAUAGACAUAGUUAUUUAUACAAACACCUUUAGCACCAGUAUGCUAAAGGUAAUUUUACAUGUAGAUGUUUUCAUUAAGAUGUAUGUGAUAUGCAUGAGACCAUGGAAAUGUACAUUCCAAAUCUAGCAAAAGUUUGAGAAUUCUAAACUUAUAACGACUUGGUACAUUCCUUGCUUUUAUAUUUUUGUACUAAUACCUAGUUAGUUCUGAAAAAAUAUAGCAUUAUGUUAUACAAUUUGUAUCUUUUUUUACUUUGUUACUGAGCAUUUCUUGCUUGCUCUUUUGUUGUAUGUUAAUUGGUACUAAAAUAACACUUAUGAAUUUUAUAUUUAAGUAAGUGUACACCUAUAUUAUCACAUUUGUACUAAAGAAUUACUAAAGUCAUUUUAUUGCAUACUGUAUGAAAUACAAUACUUUUAUAUGUAAGUUAAUAGCUUUAAAUUUUGUAUUUUUUUACUCUAAAUAGUUUGUAAGUUUCUAUAUUUUUUUAUAAAAAAGAUCNUGAAGUCGAUUAAAAAGAUCAUUUGAUUAUAAUUUACGCCAGUUUGCUGGGUGGAGUCUUUGAACAGUUAAGAAAUGAUGAUUUAGUUUUUAGUCUUGAAAAAAUGCGUAACGGUUUGACCGUUUACAUUAAUGUCUUUAGAUUUUAAGCUAUAAAUAUCUAAAAAUGAAUUAAUAAUGUCAAUCAAUUUCUUAACUCAGCACAAUUACUGAAUGAUUAAAUUUUCUAUCGAGUGCCUUAUGCAGUACUUAACUGCAAUCUAUAACUGAAAUAAUUAUUAUGAUUUUCAGUACUCAAUCAAUGUGUUUUAUAAAAAAACAAUAUUAUUUGUUGUACCACAUGGCUAAGUUGAUAAUGAUUAAGUUUUCUUGCCAUGUAAAACCUCACUGAGACUAUUUUUAAGUAUAGUUUAGACUUUAGAUAAUCUCAAUUGUUAACUUUUCCGUCCACGAUGGUCACGACUAUGGUAAUAUUAGGACUAUGAAUCUCACUAUGUGUGCGCAGUUUCACUUAUUAAAUCCACGGACCAACAUUGUAUUAGCAAUUAGAACAUGCAUAGCUUUACUAGACUCGUAUUAAGUUUACGUAUGUACAGGUUAUAUUUGAGUUAAAUGUUGUUUAUGCCAAAUAUACACCUAUUGACUUA